AUGGGUUUAAUUGGCGGUGGAGAGGAAGUCAAAAAUGCUAUUAUAAAGGGUUUGCAAAGUAAUGUAAAUCAGCUUAGUAAGCUUUUACAAACAUCUUGCGGAGGUGAGGGGUGUUGUGAUAAGGCUGUGAAUUUCCGUGUUGAUCAUCUUAAAAAUCUUCAAAUGACAUUUGAAAGCAUUGAUAAUAUUAAAACAAAAAUUGAUAGCCUUAAAAAGCAAAAUGAUGAACAGAGUAAGGCGCCUGGAAGGGCGCCGUCCGACGGCAGUGAUGCUGAGAUUCAGAGGCUUGAAGAGCAAAUUAAGCAAAAUGAAGAGAAGCUUAAAGAGCAAAAAAGUCUUGUUGAUCAGCAAAUUAGUGAGCUUGAAGCUCAAUUAAAAGAGCCUAAAAAGGAAAUUGAUGAAUACAUUAAGAGCCUUACUGCAGAAGUCAAAAGGCAUCAAGAUGCAAUUGAGCGGUAUAAAAAGGCAGAACAGCAAAAAAAUCCUGAUAAAAAAGUUGAAGAUAUCUCUAUUCCCUAUCAUCUUUCUCAUCCUCUUGCAACUGAGCAGGCUAAAUUGAAGUCUCAUGAGGCUUCGUUGACAUCGCUUGAGAGUCUUGAAAAGCUUAUGAAAUUUCAUGAGGGUGUUCCAUCUAAAAAUAGUGAAGAAUGUAAAAACAUUUUAGAUAAAUUGUGUUCAGGUCUCCAAACAUUCCUUGGUUACCAAGAAACUUCCAAAGGCUACUCGGGCCUUGGCAUCGUGUACUCCGACCUCGACAGGCUCUGCGACGGGGUGAUGUCUUUCCUUCAUGGAGUUUUAGAUAACAUUAAGCCUAAAUUAGGCCAGCAUAAAGACACUUUAGAUAGCGCACUUACUUCACUUAAAAGCACAAAUCUUAAUGGUAUUACUAAAUACAAGGCGGCGAUAGCCGCGGUGGCGAGUGGUGUGCGUACAUAUAAUGAGAGAGUGGCAGCGUCGAAUGAUGUGAUACAAAACAUUGUGAAGAAGAUGCAAAAUCACGUUGGCGAUGAGUUAAAUAAAAAGCUGAGUGCUAUAAAUGAUAAUGAUUUUACUCGUGAUCCUGAUGUUACCAAGGCUGCGGAGGCUGCCAAGGCCUUGGCCAAGGAGUACGCCUCUAAAGGUGAGGAUUUCAACAACGGCUUCCAUAAUAGAGUACAAAAGUACAGAGGCUAUAAAGCUGAGGUGAAACCUAAAGAAGAAUUUAUGGACUUGAAUCCUACAUUACGCGAUAAAAUCGAUAAUGUGAGAAAUAUAAUUUCCUAUGAAGCUACAAGGCUUAGUACUUUGUCCGCCACGGAGCACAGAAAUCUGGAAGAGAUUAUUGAAAGAAUUAAAGAGACGUGUCAUUCGCUAAAUAGGUGCGUGAAUGAUAAAAUCAGCAACGAUAUUGUUGCUCUUGUUAGGGAGUUGAGAAAAAAAGUUGAAGAAAUUCUGAAACAGCUUAAGAAAAUUAAUGAGACGCUUGUCGGCUAUGUUACUACGUUGCAAAAAUGGAUUAGAGAGGCGGACGAAAUUAUUGAGCAAGUGAUGAAGGAGACAAAGAAGAUUGAAGACAAGCAUAUUGGUUUAGUAAAUCAGGAUGCCAUCAGGGAGAAAGCAAAAGAGUUGGGCACAAGAAAAAAGAGUCUGGACGAGUAUAUUAACAGCGUGAAGAGUAGUCUCGGCAAUUUGGCGUCUACAGCUACGAAGCAAGUUAAAGCUUUGGAAGACGUUUAUAAGAAUAAAUUGUUGGCGAUUACGCAGGCGGUGGAGAAAGUUCCGGAGGCGGUUCAUGCGCUUGCAGGAAAGUUUACUGGUCUUAGAGGCGACGUUCCGAAGAACAUUGAUGGGAUUUUUGACAAUAUUAGGAAUACGGUUGCGCAAAUUAAGGGGGAAAGUGGUGGUUCAUUUAUUAUGGGUUUCGAGGGGAUUAAAGAGGCUGUUAAGGACUACGCUGAGGAGUUUGGCAAGGAACAGUUUCAGACGAAGAUUUUACAGGUGUGGGUGAACGGCAUUUGGGUGAAGGAACCGGUUAAGUGGUGGAUAGAAGGGUAUGGCAGGGCGGUCGGUAGUAAGGGUGCUAAGUUUAACGAUCCAUAUCUUGACGGCGCUGAAACUAUUAUGCAGCAACUUACGAAGAAAAUCGCAGGUGCACUUCUAGGAGAGAUUGACAAGGGGAGUGAAAUUGAAGCAGCGCAGGGAAGGAUUUCAACCGUAGCCGACGGCAAAAUUGAUGCCUAUGUUAACGCAGUAAAAGAAAUUUGCAACACUUUUGCCGAUGCUCUUGGGAAGAAGAUUAAAGAGGACCAAGAAACAAGAAAUGAUACGUUCAUUGAGGGAAUAGCAAGGAACAUUGCGACAGAUUUGGGAGAUCAAUAUUCGGAUCAAACUGCCAAAGGAUAUCUCGAGUGGGCCGUCAAAUACACUCUCCACGAGCUCGUUGGUGCGGCUAGGGGAGUGGCUAAGGAGGUCGAUUCUUUAGUCAACGAGCGCAGGCCUUUCGGCGCAGAUCCAACCAGCAUCGCUAAAAAAAUAGCAGAGGCACACGGGAUUGCUAAGUUGCUUAACGGUCAGCUUGAACAGGCGACUGGACAACCGGCUGGCGGCAAAACUAACUUUGCCCUCGAAGUCGACUCCGCAAUCAAGUCCGUAGAGAUGCAGGUCACCGGCAUUGAAGGCCCUGAAAACUCAGUAAGCAUAAAAGGAAACUCCAUCAACUCCGAACGCAACACCGCCUACGAACCCCUCAACGAUGCGAUCACUUCCAUUAACGGAUAUUCUGACAAGGGACUUGACGUCUCACUGACCACAAAAGCCCUUGAAUCUCUUUCCACCGGUAUCCAAUCCAACCUUGAAGCUCUCCAAAAGGCGAUGACGGAGACUGGCAAAUCUAUAAAUGAGAAAUUAAAGCAGCUCAAAGAUGACAAGAUCGGCAAGAAAGAACAAGGCGUCACGGUUAACGACGGGACUCUCCAAAAAAUUCACGAUGAUAUUCUCAAAUUGCUGGGUGGCGAUUUGGACAAAACCAUAAAAGAGACAGAAGAAUUAUUAAAAGUCGCCGAGCGAGAAGGGGAUACAACAAUUGAACAUUUAAGAUCCCACGUCAACUCCGAAGUUCAAAAGACCAUCGAGAAACUCACCACCCAGGCCAACAAGAAUUACGUGACGUCAGUCAAAGAGAUGCUGAAGGCCUUUGCUAGCAGGGUUCAAAAGAUACUGCAGCAUUUGCCUAAGGAUAUCGACACCGACCGCAGGGAGGGCUUUAAAGGUUUUAUGAGAACCAUUGAAGGCAGAAUUGACGGAAAUAAUACGACGCAGGAUCACAUUAAUUUGCUCAAAGAUCUUGCAAGUGAGUCCACUGACACAGCUGAGCAGAAGAAACAAGCGCUCGAAAAAACGUCCAUCUCUUUCCUUAGCUUCAUUACUCACAUUAUGCAAUACGUUAGGGAACAAGAAAAGGGAGACGGCGGACACGCCGGCGACGUAAAAUCCCUUUCAUUGCUCUCUCAUACAUUGUUCCAAGAUCUCUACGCUUCGAAACAUUUCGAUCCUAAAUUUUUCGAAAACCUAGAUAGACUAAAAAAUAUGAUUAGUAAAUUUGCACCUAAAACGUUCGGCGAGGGCAAGAGCCCUUUGCUGCUGGAGACUCUGAGAGCUGGCUUCCCAGCUUUGGUAUCAGAGUUGGGAAAGGCCUACUUAAACGUGUACGAGGAUUCUCCGCCAAUCACUCAGUGGCUUACUAAGGUCACUGACACUGACAAGUCGAAGUCCAGCGACGCUGUUCCCGAGGCCCCCAAAUACAAGUUGACGCCGGACGGUAUGAAUGGUGCUAAAAUCAUGCUCACCAUCACUCCCAUCGUAUGUGACGCGUUAAAAGAGCUAAAAGAUGGACUUGACAACGACUGGAAAGACUAUAAAAUAUAUAAUUCCGAGAAAUCUCGCCAUAGCCUUCACAGACUUUUCUUUAAAGAGAACGGUUACGAUCCUGGUCUACCUGAAAAGGCUAUGCACGGUGAACUGAAUCACAAAAAAGGUUUCAACGGUGCAAAAAUUCUUGAGCAUCUUAACAAUCCACAACAUGAACUCUUCGAGAGUAACAAACAAUCGCUUGGCGAUGCCACUCUGACUGUCGAAUCGGCCGAAGCUGGUGUCAUCCCGAAACUAUACAACUACCUUACGGAUUUCUUCCAGGUCGGUCACAUAGCCACUUCCUUCUCCAAGAGGGCACCAUGCUCAGUGUACGAGCAGUUAGUUUGGCUCACCGGGCUCCCGCACAAUCCUGUAUACGUUAAGUUACCUAAGCACGUCACAUCGCUGUUCGAAGUGCCAGAUAAAAACAACCCGUCUGAGAAAAUCUAUAACUCCAUUGACGCCUCCCCUACAAACAUUAAUGAUUACGACAUAGUAACAGCUGUUAAGGAAAUAUGCGGCAAAGCAUACGCCGUGUUGACCACUGUCGCUGGCACCGGUGACGCUGAGUGCGGGUAUGCCUGUGAGUUCCCGAGCAAUUCGUUAGGUCUACAGUAUCCAUCUAAUCCAGCGCAGUGCUUCGAUACGCUCCUUGACAUCCUUCGCCGCCUGUUCCCUCCGCUGAAAUUCCUGUUCACUCAAUGCGGUACGCCGGCGUCUGAACAUGGUUGGUUGCGGUGCCAGUACGGCAAGGAUGUCAAGUCAACCAAAUCGCAAUGCAACGAGCAUACCAAACAGGGAACCAAAGAGCCAACCAAAUGCCUACCCAAAUCGCCCCUUCAGUCGUAUCUAAGUGACAGUUUAAUCGGACACCUUCCACAUAACUUGUCCUCUAUCGGCUGCCAAGCGAAAUGUGCCACCUGCCCUGGCGGUAUACCAGGGAUGCCCUGUCUGACUCCCCUUGGCUUCCGGGGGUUCUCUGGUUCCACCAAAACAGGGGCGUACUUGUCCUCCGUCAUCGGGGAAUUAUUGGAAAUAAGAAAUGUUUAUACACUGUUUGGUCUUGCACCCAAAACGCCACGGACGUUGCCAGAGCACUUCGAAUUUGCGUCCGCUCUUGUGCGCGGGUGGCAUGAUGGCAAAACGUAUCAUAAGGUUUACUUCCAAAAAUCCUUCGAGGACUCGGCUACGAAGCUGUCCAUUAGUCUGUAUGAGGAAGCUAACAAACUUACAGAUGCGCUUCGUGAUGCCUACGGUUCUGAAUCAGUUGGCCAUUCCGAAUGCCAGGAUCCCCAUCUGUUGAAUCUUACAGCUUUUAACACGUGUAACAAAAAUAAUCACUGCGCUCCGUAUCUGUCAUCACUCUGCGGAGGUUACUACACGUGUCUACCAUUUAAGAAUUCUAACACGUAUUUGUCAUGGGCCAUUUACCUCCCAUGGACAUUCUGGGAUCUACUAAACCAUUUAUAUAACGCUUUCUGUGGAAUCACUUGUGCAGACUGGGGAUGCCGCGGAUGUCUCAGAGGAGACAAGUGCAAGAGCGGCAAGCACGGCGUCGUUGAAGAUGAGAAGAAAGCAGAUGCCACGUGUCAGUGUGAUUCCAUAGUGAAAUGCAGAGGCGUGGCACCUACGCUCUACCAGUACGGAUUCAGCUUCGGCGAGGCGUCGACGUUGAAUGGUGGCCUCGAAAAAUUUCUCGGCUACGAGAAUGGUAAUUACACCGGAGAGGGCAUAGUGUACUCGGACCUUGACAGGCUCUGCGACGGGGUGAUGGCGUUCUUGCACGGGGUGCUUAAAGAUGUCUACAAUAAACAGCCUUACAAAGUAGGCAGGGAGGACCUUAAAAGGCUUGUUGGAGAGAUUAAUAGUAAUUUGUGUUCAGGUCAUGAUGGUUUUAAGAGAGUUAUUGGCCAGGUGGCCGAUGGUGUCGGGGGGUAUAAUAGGGAAGUGGAGGGGAGUAAUAAUCUUGUCAAGGGGAAGAUAGAAGAGAUGCAGAGGAAUAUGAAGAGUCUUCAAAAACAGGUGAGUGGAAUUUUAAAGGAUCAUUCUGGUGCAGGUAACCCGGAGCUCAAGACGGCGGUGAAGACGCCCACUCAAGAGGAAGAGGAAGUCAAGGCGUCGGAGAGGACGGCCAAUGGGAGACUGUCGGAGUGUCUGGACUACGCCAAGAAAUUCAAUGACACUUUUAAUCUUGAUAGUCCACAUAGCAACAUUCGAACCCUAGUAAAUGAUCUUAGUGCUAAUUUAUCGCAUCACGUAAUAAAUACUGUACGUAGUGUUAAUGAUGAGACCGAUCGACUUAAGAAGUCGUCCACGAAAGCAUGGGAGGACUUCAGGGACAUGCAUCAGAGUAUUGACAGCACAUUCGAAAUGUUAGGAAGAGAUGUUAACCGGGAAGUCCACACAAAGGUGGCUUGUCUAGUUACCGGUGUAAAAAAUAAGGUCAGUGAUAUGAGAGAUAAACUCAACAGCGUCAGCAAUAAGGUGAUAAUGUUUGCUGAGAUGUUGGGCACAUGGAUAAAAGAAAGCAGAAAACUGGUUGAUGACUUAAGGCUGAGGCAUGUUGAUAAUACAAUUAAACUGUCCAAAGGCGGUCCAGGUUCUUGGAAAGGGGAGGUCGAAAGAAUUGUGAGAGAAAUUGGAGAAGCCUUCACAGCGGCGGAUGGGCACGUAAACACAUUGGUUGCAGGUGCUAUCAGCGCUGUUGGCAAUUUGAACGAAGAGCUUAUGUACGAUUUGAAGAAUGUUAAAGAGGCCAUCAAACAGGAAAUCCAUACGUUGAUUCAGAAGACCCAUGAAGAGUUUGAGACCAUUAAAAAAAGUGUUCAAAAAAACGGGCCCGGCGGAAAAGCCGAUUCAGAUAUGAGUAUAGAGAAAUAUUGGACUGACCUCGCAGAUGAGCUUAACAGGCUCCUUAAAGAAAUAUAUGACGGUGAUGCCAUUCCUGGAGCUUCCGGUAUUCUUGGUAUAAUUGUCCAAGGCGUUAAAGACUAUGCUGGGACGUUUGGAACGGGGGGACAAUUCUGGAAUACGGUUUUGCCGGUGUGGUUGAUGGAUCUUUAUACGAAAGACACAUUUACAUCAACUAUUGUUAAUUAUGUUGGGCGUCAUGUACUUGAUGUCACAAAAGUGCAAAGGAACAUACAAGAUCUUAUUACGAGGCAAAUUACUAGCCUUGCACGAACUACGAAAAAAACCCAAAUCACGGCAAGUCUUGAGGCCCAGUUGGAUUAUAUAUACCAAUUUUUGACAGACUUUGCCCAUCAAGUGGAUGAAAGAAGGCCUACUGAGAUCUCCUCACACAUACAUUCGCAGCUGCGAAAUAUAUACCGCAGCCUCUCAGGCGCUGAUAGCAAUCAACUCCAGCCUGCAGUUGAAUUCGUCCUCACCGCAGUGUCAACUGCGAGUAAGAGGGCGGCUGGAGAAAUUCAGAGGUUCAACAAGGAAUCCAAGAUUGGGCAGUUGACGGACGUAAUCAACAAAGCCACCAAUAUUGCCAAGAGUCUCAACAUCAACGGACGUAUGAUUGGCAUCGCAAUACAGGGCGUAAAGGAACCAAUAAAUCAGGUGAACAUCGCACUUAAAACCGGAAUCAACGACAAGAUAUCCGAAAUACUUAACACGCAGAUCGGAACGGAUCGAGGUAAACAAGUCCAUAUCAAAGACGCUCCAAAAUUCGGGGAAUAUAAAAGGUUCAUAGAAAGCGUCAGUGUGGUGGAAGGACCAAAAGGCGAACUCCCAGACGCGAUCAAUGAUAUCGGAAAGCACGGACUCACGGUGCUUGGAAAUAAAUUAAACGGCGAAACCUCAAGUGGGUCUAUUGGUUUCCUCAAGCACAUCACCGACAAUCUCAACAACCUCACCAAUGCUAUUCGUGAAACUGGCAAAAACAUUCACCAAUAUUUACAUCAUCUGACAACCGAGAACAUUGAUACCCAACUCAAUAAAAUUAGGAAAGAUUUCCUGGACUUGCAAACCGUUGCUUUGGCCGGUUUAACUCGAGACGCCAACAGUUUCAUUGAUUUCGACGCCGACGUUUUAUGCGACGCUACCAUUACAAACUUAAAAGCCUUUGUCAAUUCUCAAAUUGGCUUUGCUCAAACCUCCCUCACCGCCCGCGCCCGCCGCAACUACGUCACCUCCGUCAAGGCGCUGCUCCAGGCCUUCGCCGCGAAGGUCUCGCGGGAGCUGCAGCCUUUGCCCGCCGCGAUCGACGAGGACCUGCGCGUAGGCUUCAAGGGGUUUAUGAGGAAGUUCGGCGAGAAGUUUGUUAACCGAGUUAAGGAUAUUAAGGACGUCAAGGCGUACAUUUCUGUAGUCGAUCCGCUGCAGUAUUCACCGUUAACACAAGGGACGAAAAUCUUAAAUAGGGGGUUUGAGGAUUUAUUCCCUAUUUUGCAAGAUCAAGAAGACUUCAAGCCUGACUUCUAUAAAGUCGCGCCGUUCAAGGAGGCUCUCACAACAUUGCUCACUGGCCUUAUUAGUUCACAGCACUUUAACAAUGACUUUAGUAAUAAUUUAGACGCACUUGAAAAAUCAGUCACUGCAUUGGGUCCUAAAAUAUACGGCGAGGGCAACAGUCCGUUGCUGCUCAACGCUCUCAGAAAGGGAUUCCCGGCUCUGGUCAAAGAGCUGAAAAAGGGGUAUGUUUCCUCCUAUUCGGGUAGGACAUUUGGGCAAUUGUUGAAACAAAAAAGUGUUGACGCCAAAAAUGUUCCCGCUGUAACACCUGGCGCCGUCUCUCCAAAAGUUGCGCCUUCCGUACCACCCAAUACCAUCUCCUCCGCGUCAGCCCAAAAGGCCGAGACAGAAUAUGAAUUAACUACCGAGGGAAAAAAUUGCGCCAAGGUCUGUGUCACAAUAUUGAGAACCGUUUAUGAUGGCAUUCGCAAGUUAGUGUAUGAAUGUGACCAAUAUUGGGACAAGCAUACGCUGUUUGAAUUAAAUGGUGACAAAGAAAAUCCUCUAGGUGCAUACUUAAAGCAUUGUGGUUACAAGGUGGCCACAAACCAAGACUCCAAGGAUGGCGAGUUGAAGUUCCCUCUGACCAACUAUAAAGGUCAGAAGAUCUAUGACAACCUCCAACGCACAAUUAAUGAUGCGAAGAAGAAUUCACAUCUUACAGCUUGCAAACCAAAUGAAAAGGGAGAGAACUUCAAUGUAUCGGACAUCCUUUCAUGCAUAAUUAAGCAUCUCAACCAAUAUAAUAACGUCUGUCACCUUAAUCACAUUGAUUCACCUAAAUCACCAACCACCGUUAACCAAAUGCUACAGUGGUGCGCCGGGCUGCGUUACCACCGUGUCUAUGAGCCCCUUAAGCAACACCUUAAUUCGUUGUUUGCCAACGACCACUCCGAUUUUUCAUAUAAAAUACACACCCUUGCAGAGUUCGAUUUGGAAGUUUUAUGCAAUUAUUCACACAAAUUGCUCACCAGCAUUCUGGGAACUGGUGAUGAACACACCGUUUAUGCCUCCGACUACCAAAACAAUGCACUAAAUUUUUACUAUCCCUCCACUCCAUCACAGUGCCUUGACAUGCUUCUCGACAUCCUUCGACGUUUUUUACCUACACUCAGAUUCUUACAAAAUCAGUGUCAAUUGCGUGCUAUACAUCACGGUUGGUACGAUUGCAAGUACGGCAAGGACAUAGCUCCAGCCAAAUUGCCAUGUGACAACCACUCACACAGCAAACCAACGUGCCAACCAAGUGACCAACCAAACACACAACCAAAUUGCCAACCUACUUCACCUUUAAUGUCCUAUCUGAACGAUUGUCUUCCUGGUCAUUUACCACAUCAGCUUAGUUCCAUCGGUUGUAGAGCUACAUGUAACACGUGCCCCAAAGCAAGCCUGGGCAACCAUGCUUGA